AUGUCUCCAAUGAACGUAAUACAGGCGAGACACGAUGCUCUCUUCAUCGCACGCAUAGCAGAUCAAGCGGAGCGAUAUGAUGACGUUAUUGCUCAAUUGAAGUAUAUUAUAACGUACACCGAUGCACAGCUCUCUCUUGAAGAGCGCAAUCUACUUUCCAUCGCCUACAAGAAUAUCACGGCAACGCACCGCUCUAGCUGGCGCAAUAUCGACACUGUCGAGAAGAGAGAGGGUCGGUAUGCCUCCCGACAGCAACAAACGCUCAUGCGUCGCGAGAAGGAGCAGAUAGAACACGAUCUGACCGAGGUCUGCAAAGGCGUCGUCGAGCUCCUGGAACGCUUCCUUAUUCCCGCCGCCAAUCCGGGUGAAGAGAAAGUCUUCUACUGCAAGAUGCGGGGCGACUACUAUCGCUAUCUCGCGGAGAUGACCCGGAAUCAAACACGCGACCAGUAUGCCACAACAUCCCUCGACGCGUACAAGUUCGCGUACAAACACGCGUUGGUGACCCUGGACCCCACGCACCCGACGCGUCUAGGCCUCGCACUCAAUUUUGCCGUUUAUUAUCACGACAUAUGCCAUAGUCCUGAGCGAGCAUGUUUCCUUGCGAAGCAUGCCUUGGACGAUGCAGUCGCAGCUGCGUCAGACUCGUCGUACGCGGUGCAGAGUCUCGAAGACUCGCUAAUGAUAUUGCAACUACUAAAGGACGAUAUUAUUCUCUGGUCGGAGGAAAUGCAGCAGAGGCUGGCGAAUGGUUCUUGA